CCCGAGUCUCGUACUUAUUUUCUGCUCAAAGGUUAUUGGCCAUCUUCCAAGCCACCAUUUUGUCCGCGGAAGGGAAGGGUCAAGCAAGAUGAAAAUCUCGGCAAAUCUAUUCCUCCUGGUUGUCACCGUCGUGAUGAUUUUGGACCGCGUCCCUCCCGCGGAAGGGUUGAAAUGCUACAUCUGUCGCGGAGAUCCGGUCAAUGACGGGUCAACUUGGCGGGAAGGGGAGACCGGAAAACCGGCCGGGAGACAGGGACCGAUUGGAACACAGCAGAUCGGGAAGAUCUACGGUGAUAGCUUCGAAGAUCUCCAGAAACAGCUCGCCAACGCCACGAGUUGUCAAGAUAUGGCCAAAUCGACGGAGAAAAAACACCCCCACGUGGAUGAUUGUCCGCCCAACUUCAAAAACCCAUUUUGUGCCACGCAUAAAAAGCUGGGGCGAUACUGCACCACGGCCGGUGAGACUGGAGAUGAUCCCGUUCAUCUGAAUGAAUGUCCGGCAAACGGGACGAUAUGCCGGUGCAAUACGGCGGACUUUUGCAACGAUCAAUUCAUGGCGGAAAAUCCCAAACCGAACGGAGCGAAUGACAUAAUGCACAACCAUUCGACCACAUUUCGGGUCAUCGUCACCCUUCUCGGCGUUGUCUACUUUGCCGCCAGUGGUGGAGUUUUCUGAAUCCCAGUGGAAAAUUUCGUGUCUGGAAUUGUUUUAAGAGGAAGGAAAUUUAUGAUUUUUUGCAAA